GAAAACUGAGUCAACGGGCCAGUUAAACACCGUGUUUCUCAUCGGCAAGUCGGUCCCUGUUAAAAAAUAUUCAACAAAUUUAAUUGUUGUCUGCUGACCAUGAAAAUCUGGCCAUGAAACAUUUUUUCAACUAGGCAUUGGACAAGGUUAAGCCCGCCGAAAAGGCACAAACAGAUUAACUUUUAUGUGAAAGUGGGCCAUAGAUAGACAUGGAACCUGGAACGACUCCAUCGCCUGUUGCAGCCCCGGUUUCUGCGCCUGUGGCGCCAUCAGCAGUGGCUACCUCUGUCCAAGCUGUUAGCCCCGCUGCAGUGGCUCCCGCACCAGCGCCACCGAUUGCUGUCACUCAAGUGGCUGCCCCAUCCCCGGUUGCAAGUGUGCAACCGGCAACAGCUACUGUUCCUGAUGCUCCUGCUCCAGCUCCAAUUGCUGCCGCAGCAGUCGCUCCUGUCGCAUCUGCGGCGCCUCCAGUUGUUGCAGCCCCAACUCCGCCAGCAGCAAGUCCAGUUGUAACACCACCCAUUGCUGUUGUCCAGAUUCCGGUUGCUGUUUCAGCACCGGUGGCACCACUCGUUGUUGCAACACCCACUCCUGUUGCCCCAACUCCUGUUGCUGCGCCUGUGAUAGCAACACCACCUGUUGCUGCCGCAGCUCCUACUCCGGCUGCUAUUUCGACACCCGUGGCGCCUCCAGUUGUUGCGACUCCUGUAGUUGCUCCUGUGAUCGACACACCAGCCGUUGUUGCUGCUAACACCACGGUUCCCGUUGCAACACCUAUUGCUGCAGCACCAUCCCCGCCAGUAGCCCCAGCAGCUGUUCCUGUUGUUGAUCCAGUUGAUGCGCCAGCCGUUGCUGCUGCUGCUGCUCCCGUCGUAGCAGAGACUCCAGCUCCAGCGAUCACCUCACGUCCUCCAGCUGAGACUCCGGUUGCAGCCGUACCAGAUUCCGUUGUUCCUGUCAUCCCCGAGGUUCCAGCUCCUAUUGUCGCAGCACCAUCCGUUGCUGUUCCAGAGACUAUGGUCGCCGCAACUCCCAUCGUGGCAGCGACGCCUCCAGCUACUGCUGAGCCAGUGGCCGCUCCACCAACCGCUACUGAAAUCCCAGUCGCUGCUCCGACUGCAGCUUCGCCGCCUGUGCCUGUGCCUGUGCCUGUAGCACCACCUGUGGAGGCUGCAGUGGUGGCUCCUGUGAGCACUUUGACAGAUGCUCCGGUUGCUGCUGCAGCUCCAGCCACUGUACCAGAAACUCCUGCCGUUGUCUCAGUCGUUGCCGAGUCUCCAGUUGCUGCGGAUCCUGUUGUAGCUACACCUACUCCUACUCCUGCCUCGGAGCCCGAACCCAUUGCACCACCUGCAGAAGCCCCAGAAGUUGCUCCAGUGAUCGCUGCAUCACCGGUUGCUGCUGCUGAAAUAACUCCACCAGUUGUGCCUCCUGUGGCCGCAGAAACAAUACCAGCUCCAGUCGUUGCCGCGACUCCAGCUCCUGCGGCACCAGCACCAGCUGCAACGGAGCCUGAGGUCAUUGCACCUGCUGUUUCCGAAGUAGCUCCAGUGAUCGCUCCACCACCCGUUGCUACUGCUGUUGCUGAAACUCCUAUAGAUGAAACGCCUCCUGUUGUCACUCCCGUGGCUGCCGAACCCGUACCAGCUGCAGUCGCUGUCGAGACUCCAGCUCCUGAGAUCCCAGCACCAGUUGCAACAGAACCAGUGAUCACUGCGGCUACAGAUACACCAGAAGUUGCUCCUGUGAUCGCAGCACCCGCUGAUGUACCAGCUGAAGCUCCCGCUGCCGCAGCUCCCAUCCCCGUGCCUACGGAAUCUAUCGAUGUUUCUGUACCAUCAGAAGCGGUCGUGGAAGCCACGCAGCCAGUUGCAACGCCUGCCGAAGUCACAACAGAAGUUACAGUUGCAGACCCUGCUGCUCCUGAGGCAGCUGCAGCAUUAAUUACCGAGCCAGUGGACCCAGCUGUUCCGGAUUCGGUUGAACAAAUUACUUCCGCGCCAACUGUUGAAGUCUCUGCAGAACCAACAUCUUUAGCCGUACCAGAAAUCCCAUUACCACCGCCAACUGAAGCAGUCGCUUCUCCAGAAGUAGCUCUCGUUGCAGAUACACCUUCAGUGCCCAUACCCGAACCAAGCCCAGCGAUUUCUGCAGAACCGAUACCAACGCAGAUUCCAGAAACUGCUGCUGCGAUUCCUGAACCUGUACCGGAAAAAGUCCUGGCUCCUGUCACAGCUGACGCUCCUUCCACAACUCCGGAACCAGAUGUAGUCGCCAUCAAUGACGCCCCUCCAGCAGCCGAAAUCACCACACCCGUUGUUGAAAACGUUCCAGCGGAAUCAAAUGUGGAAGCAGUCAUACCAGUGACUGAACCACCGGUUGCGCAAGAGAUUCCUGCAGCCGAAAUUCCAGAGACGGUGACAAAGCCAGUGGAGGAACAGAGCACCAUCCCUAUACAGGCAGCAGUCUCGGAAGAGGUUUCAAAGUCAGCUGAAGAAGAGGCUCUUCCCAUUGAGCCAUCUCCAGCUGCAAUAGAGGAAUCUCCAGCUGCUGCCGAAGCUGUUCAACCUUCUCCGGAACCAGUGAUUUCCGAAACUCCAGCUGCCGAAGAACCAAUUACGACAGAGGAAACCCCAGUAAAUAUUACUGUGGGAACGUCUGAAGAUGUACCCACUAUUUCGGAGAUACCAGUGGAAGAGGUUUCCACUGCGGAAAUCCCCGAACAGUCAUCGUCACCCCCAGAUUCCGUACCCGUGGCAAAGAUAACUCCUUUGCUAAGAGAACUCCAGACCACCGAUGUUUCGCUAUUGGCCAUUGCCGCCACACUGGAUGCCAUUGGAGAAAAGCUAAAGGACCAAAAGGCCAGAAAUCAGCAAGUAAUGGACAGACUCUGCGAAAUCGAGAAAAUUCUUGGCCCUCCCAAAUCCAAUUAGCUCAAGUUUGAUUGUAAAAGCCUAGAUCAUCUAAAAUAAAGCUGCUAAUAAAGCGUUAUUUCAUCAAUUUAAAAGUAAA